AUGUUUCUGUCUCUUCCUACGUUGACUGUCCUUAUUCCACUGGUCUCUUUAGCAGGACUGUUCUACUCAGCCUCUGUGGAAGAAAACUUCCCACAGGACUGCACUAGCACAGCAAGCCUGUGCUUUUACAGUCUGCUCCUGCCCAUCACCAUACCAGUUUAUGUGUUCUUCCACCUUUGGACUUGGAUGGGUAUUAAACUCUUCAGGCAUAAUUAAUACAACCAGAGCUAAGAUAGUAGAUAUAUUAAUGAUAGGUCUUGAGUGUGUAUUUCUAAAACUUAACUACAUGGAAAUACUGGAAACCCACUUAAUUUGUAGGAAAGGUGCUUUGACUUGCUUCUCUCAGGUUUAGGACUAUGGGAGGCUUAAGCUGCAGAAGUUUCUUUUAUUGUACUUUUGUUCUGCCCUUGUUUUUUUGAAAAUGUUUAUUUAUAACUAUUGUAUCAGAAGAAACAUUUCAACAGUUUCUUGUUGGAAAUUAACAGUCCCAACCAUCACCUGAUGACUUUAUUUCUUACCCCAUUCAUCUAAAAGUUAAUUAAAAUUUUAUGUUUACUUUAGAUUUAAAGUAUUUGGUAGAGUCACGUGUUAAAGAUGACUGAAAUAAUUCCAAAGCAGCUAUGCUGAAGUUGUUGUAGAGAAACACAUUUGAGCUCAUGUGACAGAAAACUACAAUAAAAUGGAAAUUUCAUGUACUUGCAAA